AGGGAGAGAGAGAAAAAUCAAUGAUGAGAAAGAAUCAUUAAUCAGCUGCCUCCUGUGCCCCACACCGGAGAUCGAGGUCGAUGCUCACGAAAAUACCUAUCCUUACCGUACCGCCUCCCCACCUGCUUUGGGUGAACCAAGAGGAGGAUUCUGCCUUGUUGCUGCAUCACCAAAGAAUUAAGCCGGUCUCAGGCCUCAGGGGAGGGGUUUCUUGGCCUGGGGCCUGGUGACCAGCUUCUUCUGGUCCUGGGGAGCUCUGGGGCAGAUGUCCCCUCUGACCAGCACCAAGGGCAGGGUAGUGACUUCGAGGGCUCAGAACCACUGUAAUAUUUCUACAUCACUUAUUGCCACCUGGGGGAGAAGGGGUCUCCCCAGAGCCCAAGAGUGCCCUGAGGGCCUGGCAUCCUGGUCUGGAGACACCAGGGCCUGGGAAACCCCAACCUAGAGCCUCUAUGGAGGUGCUGUCAGCCUUGGAGGUGGAGACCAUUCGCCAGUGCCCGCCUUGCCCAAAAUAGGACAGGGCCCCUUUAAGCCUUGUUUCAUUCCUUCAGUUUGUUGCUAUGUAUGAGACCAACUUCCUUAGCAACCACCUGGUCUUUUAAAGGAGUCCUGAGGUAGCAGUGGCUACCAGCCAUGGCUCCCAAAAAAAAGGCAAAGAAGGGGGCCAAGGAGCUCGAGACCAAGAAGAAAAGUGCCAAGAAGGAGCCCAACAUGGCCAUGGAUAUGGUUUUGGCCGAGGAGUUACGGCAGUUCUACCACAUCCAGAUCCGAGACCUGGAGGACAGGCUGGCCCGGUACCAGCACAAGUGGGAUGAGCUGGCCGUGCAGGAGAAGCUAUUCCGCCAGGAGUAUGAGCAGCUGGCCAGCAAUAAGAAGGAGAUUGUGGCCUUCCUCAAGCGGACGCUCAACCAGCGGGUAGAUGAGAUCGCCGACCUCAACGAGCAGCUCCAAAGCCUGCAGCUGGCCAAGGAGAUGGAGAAGGACGCCUUUGAAGCCCAGUUAGCCCAGGUGCGCCAUGAGUUCCAGGAGACCAAGGACCAGCUCACCACGGAGAACAUCAUCAUUGGGGGGAAGCUGGCAGCCCUGGAGGAGUUCCGGCAGCAGAAAGAGGAGCUUUCGGAGAAGUUCACAUUGCUGGAGGACCAGCUGCAGAAGCAGGAGUAUGAAUACAAGGACUACAUGUACAACCUGGAGAAGAAGUCGGUGCUGGACAGGGACAGAGUGAAGAAGGAAAUCAUUCAGCGUGUGAACCAGGUGGCCACUGACUUCCACAAGAUGGCCACUAGCCAGAUGUGGGACACAACGAAGCAGGCCAUCCUGGAGAACAACACUGUGACCCUGCAGCUGUCCAGGGUCUCCCAGCAUGGCGUGCAGCUGCUGCGGGAGAAUGACCAGCUCAAGAGCAACCAAGACAAACUGUGCAAAGAGCUGGAGCUACUGCAGAACGCCAAGCAGGCCAUGGCCAAGCACAACAGAAGCCACCAAAAGAUCAUCCUCAUGCUGACUGAGAAGUGCCACAAGCAGCAGGAGGGCAGAGUGCAGGCUGAUCGGCUGCGCUUCCUGCGGAGCGAACUGGAGCAGAAAGUCCUGCAGCUGCAGAAGGAGAAGGAGGCACUGAGGAGCCAGAAAGUCCAGCUGAACCAGCAGCUGGAGCAUCAGCACAUCGAGGCGAAGCGGCUGCGGCAGGAGCUGGCCAAAGAGCAGAAGGUGCGGGCAAGCCUGGAGAUGACCCUGGUUCACACCACCAACUUCCUACAGAACAUUCUGCAGGUGACCAACAAGUGGGUGAAAGUGGGGGGGAGGGGGUCGGCCCAGAGGCACUGGGGUUGGAGUUUCCCAGAGGUGGGUGUUGGGCCACUAUGGACCUGGUCCCCAUGGGCCCACCCCAACUCCUACCAGAACCUGCAACCAGAGGAAGAGGACGGCAACUAUGAGAUAGUGUUCCAGCUGCACUGCAAGGAGAUCCUGAGGCAGCUGCUGGCCAUGCUCAGCUCGGCCGUGGUCCUAAGCCCCCCGAUGAUUGUGGGUCCCCACCAACAUCAUGGCCACCCGGACAGUCCCCGCAGCCAGUCCAGCAUCUCGCCACCCAAGACUGGGUCAAUGCUCCAACGGCUGUCCGACCUCCCGACCUCCCAGCUGGCAGACCUGGGCCUGGUGCCUCGACAGGUCCGCCUCUCACCCAACCCUGAGGACCUCAGGCUGCUCUCACACUUCACUCGUAUGAGAUCAUUCCAGGCACUCAGCAGCACUGAGGUGAGAGUGCCUGGGACCUCGAUGACAGCCAGCCCUGGGUGCGAUCAUGGCUCAGUCACACUGCAGCUGUGUGGCCUUGGGGAUGUGGCCAGACUUCUCUAAGCCUCCAUUUCCCCUUC